CAAAAUCAAUCCAAUCGCACACACAAGUGACACGUCGGAAGAGAGAGAAAAAGCGAAGGAAUUGGAAAUCGGGGAAGCAGGCGCAGCAAAUAUACAUAUUGAGAACCCGACCAGGAUCAGGAUCACAGCCAGGUGCCACGAUGACGUCGCAAGUGCCGUGCUACACGAUAAUCAACUCGCCGGACCUCGAGGUGCCCAACGAGAUGCAGCUGAAGCAGGAUUUGGAGAAGGGCGACACGAACGUCAAGAUCGAAACGCUGAAGAGGGUGAUCAAGCUGCUGCUCAACGGGGAACGCUACCCGGGCCUCAUCAUGACCAUCAUCCGGUUCGUGCUGCCCGUGCAGAACCAUACGAUCAAGAAGCUGCUGCUGAUCUUCUGGGAGAUUGUGCCGAAGACCUCGGCGGACGGGAAGCUGCUGCAGGAGAUGAUCCUGGUGUGCGAUGCGUAUCGCAAGGACCUGCAGCACCCCAAUGAGUUUCUGCGCGGCUCCACGCUGCGUUUCCUCUGCAAGCUGAAGGAGCCGGAGCUCCUGGAGCCGCUGAUGCCCGCCAUUCGCGCCUGCCUGGACCACCGGCACUCGUAUGUGCGGCGCAACGCCGUCCUGGCCAUCUUCACCAUCUACAAGAACUUCGACUGGCUGGUGCCGGAUGGCCCGGAGCUGAUAGCCAGCUUCCUGGACACCCAGCAGGACAUGAGCUGCAAGCGGAACGCCUUCCUGAUGCUCCUCCAUGCGGAUCAGGAGCGGGCCUUGAACUAUUUGGCCAGCUGCAUCGACCAGGUGCACUCGUUUGGCGACAUCCUGCAGCUGGUCAUCGUGGAGCUGAUCUACAAGGUCUGCCAUGCCAAUCCCGCCGAGCGUUCGCGCUUCAUCCGCUGCAUCUACAAUCUGCUCAACUCCAGCUCGAAUGCAGUGAGAUACGAGUCGGCGGGCACGUUGAUUACCCUUUCGCUGGCUCCGACGGCCAUCAAGGCGGCCGCCAGCUGCUACAUCGAGUUGGUGGUCAAGGAGAGCGAUAAUAAUGUGAAGCUGAUUGUCCUGGACCGCCUGGUGGCCAUGAAGGAGCACGAGGGCAUGGAGAAGGUGAUGCAGGACCUGGUGAUGGACGUCCUGCGUGUUCUGGCCGCUCCAGACAUCGAGGUUCGCAGGAAAACCCUCGCUUUGGCCUUGGACCUAGUCUAUUCGCGGAAUAUCGGCGAAAUGGUGCUGGUCCUCAAGAAGGAGGUGGCCAAAACGCACAACGUGGAGCACGAGGACACCGGGAAGUACCGGCAGCUGCUGGUGCGCACCCUGCACACCUGCUCCAUCAAGUUCCCCGACGUGGCCGCCAAUGUAAUACCCGUACUGGUGGAGUUCUUGUCGGACACAAAUGAACUGGCUGCCGCCGAUGUGCUGGUCUUUAUACGCGAGGCCAUACAAAAGUUCCCGGCGCUGCGGGCGCUGAUCAUUGAGCAUCUGAUCGAGGCCUUCCCGCAGAUCAAGUCGUCGAAGAUCCAUCGCGCCGCCGUCUGGAUUCUGGGCGAGUAUGUGGAGGGCGCACAGAUCCUGGAGGUGAUUGCCGUCAUCCAGCAGACGCUGGGCGAGGUGCCCAUGGUGGAGGCCGAGCAGCGUCGCCUGGCCGGCGAUCAGACGGAGGAGCAGCAGCAGCAGCAGCAGCAGCGGGAGGAGGGAGCCCCUGGCGCAGGCAAUGCCAGCAAUAAGGUGACCUCCGAUGGCACCUACGCCACCCAGAGCGCCUACAGCCUGGCCCCCGUGGCCAAGGCCGAGAAGCGGCCGCCUUUGCGCCAGUACUUGAUGGACGGCGACUUCUUCAUCGGCGCCGCCCUCUCCGCCACUUUGACCAAGCUGGCGCUGCGCUAUGCGGAUUUGCAGCCCGAGGCGCGGGCACAGAAUCGCCUGACCACCCAGGUGAUGCUCAUCAUGAGCUCCAUUUUGCACCUGGGCAAAUCCGGUUUCCCCAGCAAACCGAUCACCAACGACGACACCGAUCGCAUCUUUGUCUGCCUGCGCACGCUGAGUGAACGCACCCCCGAGGCUGUGGCCGUCUUCACGCUCUUCUGCCGCGAGGCUCUGGGCAAAAUGCUGGAUGCCCAGCACGACGAGGAUCAGCGGAUGCUGAAGGAGAAGCAAAAGGCCGCCGCCAAGGUGCAGCCCGAUGAUCCGGUGCUCUUCGCACAGCUCUCCAACGGGCGCGACAAUCAGCUGGGCGAGAAUGUCUUCGAAUCGAGCUUGAAUCAGGCGCUCGCGGGCAGCAAGAAUGCCCAGCUGAGCGACGUGGCGUCGCCGAACAGCAAGCUGAACAAGGUCACCCAGCUGACGGGCUUCUCGGAUCCCGUCUACGCCGAGGCCUACGUCAAUGUCAACCAAUACGACAUUGUGCUGGACGUGCUGAUUGUGAAUCAGACCAACGACACGCUGCAAAACUGCACCCUGGAACUGGCCACUUUGGGCGAUCUGAAGCUGGUGGAGCGCCCGCAUCCCGUGGUUUUGGCCCCGCACGACUUCUGCAACAUCAAGGCCAACGUGAAGGUCUCCUCCACCGAGAACGGCAUCAUUUUCGGCAAUAUUGUCUACGACACCGCUCUCAAUACAAACGUUGUGGUCUUGAACACCAUCCACAUCGACAUCAUGGACUACAUCAUUCCGGCCAGCUGCACGGACACCGAGUUCCGGCAAAUGUGGCAGGACUUUGAGUGGGAGAACAAGGUGACGGUGAACACCAGCUUCACCGAUCUGCACGAGUAUCUCAAGCACCUGCUGAAGAGCACCAACAUGAAGUGCCUCACGCCGGAGAAGGCGCUGUCCGGCCAGUGCGGCUUCAUGGCCGCCAAUAUGUACGCCAAAUCCAUUUUCGGUGAGAAUGCCCUGGCCAAUCUGAGCAUCGAGAAGCCCGUGGAUGAUCCCGAUUCCAAGGUGACGGGACACAUUCGCAUUCGCGCCAAGAGUCAGGGCAUGGCCUUGAGUCUGGGCGACAAGAUCAGCUCCUCGCAGAAGCAGUCGGUGCAGGCGGCCUAGUGGACGUGCAACUGGACGUGGACGACCAGCCACCACCAGGAGCGACGUAUCUAGACGCUACGUAUUCGGCACGACCGCCCGCAUUCCGCCAGCCUGCAACUUCUUCAAUUUACAUUACACGUUACACUUAUGCAUAAAGAAUAUAUUAUACCUUAACCCCAAAA